AUGGGGGUACAGGGAUUUUCAAAUUAUAUUAAAAAAAAAUCACCAAGGGUUGGUGUACCUAUAGAUUUAAUAGAUGAAGCAAAUAAAAAAAAAAUUAUUAUAGGCAUCGAUGGUUUAUCAUAUAUAUUUCAUGUAGCAAAUCAAUUAUCAAGAUGUAAUUCAUUAAAAUUAUUUGGGGACUCUGUAAGAGAAUUCUUUCAACUAUUAAAAAAUAAUAGAAUAGAGCCUAUUGUAUUCAUUGACGGUUAUGAACCUCUAUACAAACAAAAAGAACAUGAUAAAAGAUUUAGACAGCGUGCAGAGCAAUAUACACAUAGCGCUACAGAAUCAUAUUUAGAUACAUCCUCAAAAACAAUGACCCAUUAUCAAUUCCCAUCACCACUAUUUUCAAAAGAGUUUACAUCCAUCCUCAAAGAAAUGAAUAUUCCAGUUUAUGUAUCAAGAUUUGAAGCAGAUCGUGGUAUUGCUCAAUGGGCUGCCGAUAAUAGGGAAAUUUAUGGUAUUAUUUCAAAUGAUUCAGAUUUCUUUUUUUAUCAAGGUUUAGAUUGUUUUUUCUUUCCAUUGGAUCAAAUAUCUAUCAAUCCCUCAAUUGGCUCAAUUGUAGUAGUUGGAUAUACUGUUAGAAGAGUAGCAAAUUCUUUAGGAAUAAAUGUAGAUAAAUUACCAUUAUUAGCAUCAUUAAUUGGCAAUGAUCAAACCAAACAUAUACCGGGAAAUAAAAAUUUUAGACCCAAAGGUAAUCAAGAUAGAGUUCAAGCAGUCAUUAAUUUAAUAAGGAAUCAAAAUUGCUCAAAUUCAGUAUUAACAAAAGAGGUGUUUUUUAUUUCAGCAAAAAAUCAACAGGUUUUUAUUGAGUCAAUGAGAGGAUAUAAUUUAGAGACAAAUAUUAAUCGAGUUCCGAAUGACUCAAUAGUAAUGGAAGAAUCAACUGGAACAGUAUUUAGACGAAAUUCAGAUAUUCAAAUUAAAUUUCCAAUAGAAAAUGAAUAUCAAUUAGAGGAUGUUUUAUUCUCAAUUAGUGGCCAUACAUCUAGAAUCUAUUGCUUCUCAAAAUUACUUUAUAAAGAAUACCAUACCCACAGAAAUUGCUUCGAGCCAUCUAUACACUAUGAAGAGAGUAUCCUUACUUAUAUGAGGGAAAUUUCCGCUUUCUUUUAUGGUCUUUUAGAUGAUGUCCAGAAUAGAGAAGGAUCAAAAAUCGAAGAGCUUCAACCAAAUUUAAACGAUAUUAUAUCAAUAGAAUAUACUCCAAAAUAUUUAGCAUACUCCCACAAAGAAUGUUACAAAGAUAUGGUUCCAUUUAAUAGAAGAAUAUAUGACUUUUGUUCAAUAUUUAAAUCUUUACCACUAUACAGUUAUUUAAUUAAUAAUGAUAGAAAAGACAUUGAUAUUACAAAUUUUAAUUUUUAUCAAUUUUAUUUUAUAACAUGCUGGAGAUAUAUGUUAUCAUUUGGACAGUUUUUAUUCAAAAUAGAAGAGUGGAUGGUAGAUUCUUUUGCUUUACAUGUACUUUUAUUACGUCAUAGGGUAUCAAUUCAAUUUUCUUUAGAAAACGAUUCAUUCCAAACAUUAUAUUUAGGUGAAUUUUAUCAAUUGUUAUUAAGAUGGUGUUUUGAUAUGUCCGAUGCUAUGGCUUUACCUAAAACCACUGGACUCCAUAGAAUAGGAACAAGUCAAGAAUUAUUUUAUCCAGGUCUUUUGUUUGAAACUACCUUUAUCCAUCCAAUCUGGAGAAUGGCCAAAAAUAAUUUUGUUAAAGCUUUAAAAACCACUUCACAAAAAGAAAGAUUAGAAAUAUUAUUUAAUCCAAUAAUAUCAUUACUUACACCAGAAAUUAUAGAAGAGUUUAAAAUUAUUAAAGAAUUAAUUUAUAAAAAAAAUUAA